UCUUUCAAAAAAAUAAAUAAUAAUUCAAUGACAGCCUUGAAUACAACCCGGUUUGAAGUCGCUAAAAAUACAGAUAACGCUAAAUUGUGGAUAGUACAGAAUUUCCGUUACUGUAGCUAGCUGUCUUUGCAGGAUGAAGUGAGCACGGUAUUGUUGGAUUGAGAGGAACAUCUUCUCUGUGUCCGGUCCUAAGAAAUGGAGACUCUAAUUCCCAUCAUCAAUCGGCUCCAGGAAGUCUUCCUGACAGUGGGGGCAGAGAUCAUCCAGCUGCCUCAGAUAGUGGUGGUUGGCUCGCAGAGCAGCGGCAAGAGUUCUGUGUUGGAGAGCCUGGUUGGAAGGGAUUUUCUGCCUCGGGGAUCAGGCAUAGUCACACGGCGACCCCUAGUGUUGCAGCUGGUGAAUGUGCCUCCAUUGGCAGAGAGGAGACUGCAAGAAAAUGGAAAUGGGGUAAAACAAAAUGCAAACAGCUACCCAGGGAUCAAGGCUGAUGAAUGGGGCACGUUCCUUCAUAGCAAGAACCAGAUUUUCACAGAUUUCUUGGAGAUUCGCAAGGAGAUUGAAGAAGAGACUGAGCGUAGCUCAGGAGACAACAAGGGAAUCAGCCCUGAGCCCAUCUAUUUGAAGAUUUUCUCUCCUCAUGUCCUCAAUCUCACACUGGUUGAUUUGCCAGGAAUAACCAAGGUUCCGGUUGGAGAUCAGCCAGAGGACAUAGAAGCUCAAGUCCAAGAGAUGAUCCUAUCCUUCAUCUCCAACCCCAACUCCCUUAUCCUCUCAGUAUCUCCUGCCAACUCCGACUUGGCCACCUCUGAUGCCCUCAAACUGGCCCGCGAGGUCGACCAGGAUGGCCGCAGAACACUGCUGGUGGUCAGUAAGCUGGACCUGAUGGACGCAGGGACAGAUGCUCUGGAGGUCUUGCUGGGCCGGGUCAUUCCAGUGCGGCUCGGAAUUGUGGGAGUGGUCAACAGGAGCCAGCAUGACAUCAACACGCAGAAGAGCAUAGAGGACACGGCACGGGACGAGCAGGCCUUCCUCCAGCGCCACUACCCGUCUCUGGCCUCCCGCUGCGGCUCCCGCUACCUGGCUCGCACCCUGAGCCGCCUGCUCAUGCACCACAUCAGGGACUGCUUGCCGGAGCUGAAGAGGCGUGUGACGGUGUUGAGUGCCCAGUACCAGGCCCGGUUCAGCAGCUACGGCCAGCCUGUAGAGGACCACAGCUCCACCCUGCUACAGAUCGUCACCAAGUUCGCCAGCGACUAUUGCAACACCAUCGAGGGCACCGCCACGCACAUCCAGACAUCUGAACUCUGCGGGGGGGCUCGGAUCUGCUACAUAUUCCAUGAGACCUUUGGCCGCACUCUUCAGUCUAUUGACCCCCUGGGGGGCUUGACGGAGCUCGACAUCCUCACUGCAAUCCGCAAUGCUACGGGUCCGCGGCCGGCCCUCUUUGUACCUGAGAUUUCCUUUGAGCUGCUGGUGAAGAGGCAGAUCAAGCGUCUGGAGGAGCCCAGUCUGCGCUGUGUGGAGCUGGUCCACGAGGAGCUGCAGAGGAUCAUCCAGCAUUGCUCCUCCUACAGCACGCAGGAGCUCCUUCGGUUUCCCAAGCUGCACGACUCCAUUGUGGAGGUGGUGACUAGUUUACUCAGGAAGCGCUUGCCCAUUACUAAUGACAUGGUCCACAACUUGGUUCAAAUUGAGCUUGCUUACAUCAACACAAAGCACCCAGACUUCACUGAUGCUGCUCAGGUCUCCGCAUCUGUCAACAGUCAACAGGGCCUGCAGGAUGGAGAUAAAUGCUGGAUGAAUGAGAAAGUGGCUGAGGAGAAGGCACCAGUGGGAGGUUUCAGCAGCCCUGUAAAGGGCCAGGCCAUCAACCUCCUGGACACAGCGGUGCCGGUGUCCCGAAAGCUGACUGCCCGCGAGCAAAGAGACUGUGAGGUCAUUCAACGCCUCAUCAAAUGCUACUUCCUAAUUGUCCGCAAGAGCAUUCAGGACAGUGUUCCCAAGACGGUGAUGCACUUCCUGGUGAACUUUGUGAAGGAGCGUCUGCAGAGUGAGCUGGUGGGCCAGCUGUACAAACAGAACCUGCUGCAGGGGCUGCUCAUCGAGUCCCAAGACACAGCACAACAGAGGACAGAGGUGGCCCAGAUGCUGGAGGCUCUCCAAAAAGCCAGCAACAUCAUCUCAGAGAUCCGGGAGACACACCUGUGGUAGCCCAAUGCAACUGACCGUGCGUGUGUGUGUGUGUGUGUGUGUGUGUGUGUGUGUGUGUGUGUGUGUGUGUGUGUGUGUGUGUGUGUGUGUGUGUGUGUGUGUGUGUGUGUGUGUGUGUGUGUGUGUGUGUGUGAUGGUAAUGUAUGGCAAUACCACUGAGCUCACACUGUCCAUUACACAUCCAGCUGUCCUUUUUGUCUGUCCAGGAUUUGGACUAUUGUGUCUCAUUGUGAAUAUAGUGAUGAGACCAACACACUCAGGCAGAGCUGGUCCGUUGUGAUGAGAUGUCUUUAAUGUGAAAGAGAACCAUGAUCAGAAAACAAUUUUGGUUUUGUUGCAACAGCCGUCUGUCUAAAUGUCUGGUCUUUUGGUUGUCAAUGUGUUGUUUAUCAUGUGGAGUAUUACGUUGUUUUCCUGAGUCUUUCUUGCAUCUGAUCAUGAGAUGGUUGUCCUGCUGCAUUUGUUUCCAUUGACUAGGUAUCUAUUUGUGAAAGGGUGAUCUCAAACCAUGACUGCUUGAUAUGCAUGUAACAGUUUCUGAACAUAUGUAGAGUAAGUAUAAUCAGUCAGUAUCAGGUUUCCCUUGUUUUAAGCAACGUUCUGUAAAGUUGAACACAGAGGGUGACAACCCAACCCGAGGUUGAACAGUGGGCUGUCUGCAAUGUAAUGUUGGAAUAUGAUCCUGGUCUUCGGGGAUGCUGCAGAGGUUUGGUUUGACCUGGUCUACAGUGCAACUGAGUACAGUAGUUGUACCCUAGAGCAGACGUAUGUUCUUUAUGUGUGUCGCAUUUAUGUAUCGUUCCGGGUGUACGGUUGCACUGUUUGUGCAUAUUUAGUCCUAUAACAAAGUUGUACGUUCACAACAUAGAAUACAGUGUUCCUUUUCUCCGUAUGAAGUUUCUAGUCAGACUCUUAAUUCGCAUGUUGUUGGAUAACUGAAACCACAUUUAUGUAUAGCACCCACAAAGAGUUGAAUAGGUGUGUGUGUGUAUAUAUAGAUAUUGUAUAGCUAGCUUGUCAGGAGUUGCAGAAUAGUAGGUGGAGUCCAGCAAUGAUUUGAGGGCCAGGGGUAUAGCUAUUCAUUGUAGAAAUCUAUUUGGGCAAAGGAAAGUUAAAAUAAUUUUCAAAAUCUCAGAAUGCAUUGAAAUAUUGUACCCCAGUCACCCCCCCCCCCCCUUUAAAUUAACCCAUGUAUGCAGUGUGCCUCAGAGAGAGAGGGGGCUGUUGCUGGGGUGCCACCUCUUCUGAAGACUAUCCCUAGGCCUGCUUCUACCCAGGGAUGUUGGAGGUGACAGGGAUGUUGGAGGUGUAAGAGACUAACAUUGUUUCUGAUUUGAACUUGUGCAUGCAGCUGUAAUUAUAUCCUCAUUUUGUUGAUGUAGAUCCCAAGGGAAGUGUGCCCUGCAGCCUUUUAUUUGUGAUUUAGUAGCAAUUGUGUGACGUUAGUGCAUCUUCCAUUUAGAAUUAGAUUCUAAAGUUUCUCAAAUAAUUUAUAGUGUAAGUGUGCCUCGGUUUUUGUAUGUCAUGGAGAUGUUCAAAGGAUGAUGAGCAUUAUUCAGAAAGACUAGCCUUAAAGGAACAGGUACCAAGCACCAUCUAGCAGAAACACUGACUUCUAUGUGAUCAAGGAGAGCACGGUGUCUAGUCUGUCUUUCUGAAAGGACAGUGUGCGUGUGUGUGUGUGUGUGUGUGUGUGUGUGUGUGUGUGUGUGUGUGUGUGUGUGUGUGUGUGUGUGUGUGUGUGUGUGUGUGUGUGUGUGUGUGUGUGAGAGAAUGUCUAAGUUUUUCUAUCUGAAUGAGACUGUGUUUUCUAUUAUUUAAAUGUAUAUCUUACAUCUUUACAAACUGCCUGGAAGUGCUUGACUGCCAAUAUUUGUGAUACAUGUCAAUUGAUAUAAUAUCUGUUCAGAUGGGAGGGACUCAUUAAACACUUAACAACAACA